AGCAGGGCGGCUAUGCGUGCAGUGGUUGGGUGUUGAGCGGUGGGCGGGGAGGGGAAUGGAGUUGCUGUCCGGGUUGUUGGCUGCUCUUCGCGGGGGAUCCAGAGGACGAGGCCGGGUCAUGGAAGAGCGAGCCCUGGAAGUGUACGAUAUAAUCCGGAAUAUACGGGAUCCAGAGAAGCCCGAUACGUUAGAAGACCUUGAUGUUGUUUCAGAGAGUUGUGUGACAGUGGAGGAACUGGAUGACGACUGCUUCCUGGUGAUCAUAAAGUUUACCCCUACAGUUCCACACUGCUCUUUGGCCACACUUAUUGGUCUGUGUUUGAGGGUCAAGCUGCAAAGAUGUUUGUCUUUUAAGCAUAAGCUGGAGAUCUAUAUUUCCGAAGGGACGCACUCGACGGAGGAGGACAUUAACAAGCAGAUAAAUGACAAGGAGCGGGUGUCUGCAGCCAUGGAGAACCCUAAUCUACGGGAGAUAGUGGAGCAGUGUGUGACGGAGCCGGAUUAGAGUGGUGGAAAGUCUGCAUUGAGGUAGAUCUGGCAGGAGAAGAACACGACAAGUCACUUCUCCCAGGAGGCAACGCAUGGACGUU